AUAAAAGCCCAUGGUGUAAGUGGUAGCUCUGCAUGUAUGCAUAUAUCAGCACAUAUGAUAUGAUCCAAGAUUGUUAAAGAAGUCUCGUGUAUAUACAAAUAAUUCAUUCUCGAGCUAUUAGAAAUUGCUGAAUUCGUGGCAGAAAACAAAUUGAUGAAACGAACAAGAACAAUUGCAAAGAAUAAAAUCGAGGAAGAUAAAAAUGUCAAGGAUACAAUAACCAAGAUUCAAACGACGCCGGUGGCAUUGGAAAGACCAAAACUGAACUUCAAGUCCUUACAAAAUACUGAAAAUGCAUUUGACACAAUGGAUGCUCAAACUACAUACUCUAAAAGAUCCAAGAGUUCUCAGAAAUUGGUCAAAAAGGAAACGCACACUGAAAAAAUGGAGAAAGUGAAGGAGGAGCCAAAUGUAAGUUUUAAGCCAAAUGCAAGUUCCAGCAAAGGAAAAUUGGGAGUAGUCAUGGAUUUACAGAUGAUGAAAGCAGAAUUGAAUCAAUUAGAAGAUCCUCCAAUUACACCAUGGGAAAAGGAAUUAUCUUCUAGUCGAUUGCAGUACGAGUUCUUUGAUAUUCCCUGUGAAGAUCUCGCACAGCAGUUAUUAGGAAAAGUAUUGGUGAGGUAUUUCGAGAAUGGAACUGUCCUCAAGGGUAAAAUCGUAGAAACCGAGGCAUAUUUAGGUGCAAUUGAUAAGGCGUCGCAUUCUUACCAGAACAAAGUUACUCCUCGCAACUUACCAAUGUACAUGCCACCAGGGACCACGUAUGUUUACAUGACGUAUGGCAUGUACCAUUGCUUCAAUAUUUCUAGUCAAGGUGACGGAUGCGCAGUGCUAGUGCGAGCGGUCGAUCCCCUAGAAGGUAUGGAGUUCAUGGCUGAUCAGCGUACAUCGAAGACGAAGAAAACCAGUCUGAAACCACAUGAACUGUGCAAUGGCCCCUCGAAGCUCUGCAUGGCAUAUCAACUUAAUAAGCAGCACAGCAAAUAUUCUCUUUGCACAUGGAAAAGUUUGUGGAUCGAGGACUACAUUGCGUUAGAAGAUAUCAAGAUUAUUAAGUCCGCCAGAAUCGGAAUCGAUAGCUGCGGCCCGGAAUGGGCUAACAAGCCUUUGCGCUAUUACGUUUAUGGUAAUAAGUGCGUCAGCAAAAGAGACAAAAAAGCAGAAAUAGAAGUAUCUUAACUGUUCAAGGCUGAUCAUCUUGUCGAAUCCAAUCUGUAUGCUUUUACGUAAAAAGCUGAUAUAUAAAUUAUAUUUAAGAGCAUUCUUUAUAAAAUAAAUCGUUAUAAAAUAAAAAAGUAGUCAUUUAAAUGAAA